UUAAACAUAUUUUUUCUAUAUUAUUUCGAUAUAGCCGAUUUAUGAACGUCAUUGAUAUUAUUAUUAUGAUUUAUAGAUGUAGGAUACUUGUCUAAAUAUGGAAAUGAUUGGUUAAGUGAGGGAUCCGUUGGAUUCGACGGACCUGUGUUUAUGUAGCACAUUUAAUAACUAAAGGGCGUUCCGGUAUUACACUGCAAAUUCUUAUAUCCUUCUAUAAUAGCCGUAUGCAAACAGGAAAAUAUAGAAUUCCACACUGGAUAAACGGAGCUAUCAGUAAGUAGUCCGGUUCUUUGUGUAGAAGAAUAGUCAUGACGCUCCCAGCGGAAAUAUUUAUCGUCUGUGUAUGAUAAGAAAUGAAUGUUCUGACAUAUUGUUAAGGAUUAUUCGAUUAUCAAGUUUGUGGUACGUGCAAAGGACGUGUUACGAACGUCUGGAUAUAGAUGUCAUCACUGGCAGUUAAUUUUGGUCUAAAUAUACAGAAAAUGAAGAUAACAGGGAAGUGAUAUAAAUUUGAUCCUGUGUGUUCUGUGUAUUUUUAGAGUAUCGUGUCAUAUCGGAGAGACGCCAGUAUGGUUAAACACAAGAUGUUAAACAAAAUUCUAUGUUUAUUUAUUUGUAUUUAUGCUUGUAUGUCAGUUGAUGAAGCAGCUGUAUGCGAGGGAAAAACAUGUGGCGAAUGUUUAGCGUCAUCAAGGGAAUGUGGAUGGUGCUCUGACGAGGAAUUAUUUAUCGCUAGUGAUGAGCCAAGGUGUGCUACAAUAACAUCACUUGAAGUAAGUGGCUGUGACAGAGCUAAUAUUUCAGAACCAGUUAGUACCGUAGUCUCUUCAACAAAUAAAGCUUUAUCGGAUGGUGAUAGUGAAGGACGGGAUGCUGUUCAACUACGACCACAAAGACUUACCAUAAAAUCAACACCAAAUUACAAGAAAACAAUAGAAAUGAAAUUCCGAGCUGCUAGAAAUUAUCCAGUAGAUCUAUAUUUUUUAUUUGAUCUUUCAAACACCAUGAAAGAACAUAAAACUAAAUUAGCCAAAUUGGGUGAUCUUUUAGCUCAGAAAAUGGGAGAGAUAUCGAAGAAUUAUAAAUUUGGUUUUGGAUAUUUCCAGGAUAAAGUUAUACUACCUUUUAGUUAUAUGAUUCCAUCAAAGUUACUGAGGCCGUGUGUUGAUUGUGCUCCACCAUUUGGAUAUAGGCACAGAUUGUCAUUAACCGAUAAUAUCGAGGAAUUUAAGAACGCUGUAAACGGUGCCAAUGUGACAGGAAAUAUUGAUAACCCAGAAGGGGGUUUUGAUGCCAUUAUGCAGGCUGUGGCUUGUGAGACUCAAAUUGGAUGGCGAAAACAAGCCCGUAGAUUGAUUAUUUAUUCAUCUGAUAGUACGUUCCAUUAUGCAGGGGAUGGCAAGUUAGCAGGAAUAGUUCUACCUAAUGAUGGAGAAUGUCAUUUAGAUGAAAUGGGGAAAAACCCAGAGGAAUUGAAUCAGGAUUAUCCAUCAAUUGGACAGAUAUCACAGAAAGUCAAGGAGAAGAAUGUCAAUAUAAUAUUCGCCAUUUUAGACAAAGUUGAAGAUGAUUAUAACCGGCUGACUAAACAAGUACCCAAUUCAGUAGUCGGUGUAAUUGAAAACAAUUCAGAAAAUAUUGUUACUAUUGUAAAAGAAAACUACGAGGCUAUUAUCUCUGAGGUGAGAUUUAAAGUUAACAGUCCUGAUGGUAUUAUAGUUCAAUUGUACUCUGAUUGCAAUAGAGGAAUCCGACAAAAGACAACAAGAUGUGACGGUUUAAGUAUCGGAAAGGAAGUAGCAUUUGAUGUUGAAAUUCUUGCUACCGAGUGUCCGAAAAACCCGGAGGAUUGGAACAAAACAAUAACAAUACAAGUGGACGGAAUGCCUGAUAGUCUGACCAUAAAUUUUCAGAUUGAGUGCGAAUGUGAAUGUGCAAAAUCUGGGCAAGGCGAAGCAGACAGCAGUAAAUGUAAUGAUGUCGGUACAUAUCAAUGUGGGAUCUGUAGUUGUAAUGAAGGGCAUUAUGGUGACAUCUGUGAAUGUAGUGAAUUUGAUAUAUUAGGCGAGAAACAAAAAAGAGCGUGUCAAAGUGAAAAUACGACAAUAUUAUGUAUGGGACGAGGAACAUGUAACUGUGGACAAUGUGAUUGCAAUCCGGGUUAUACUGGACGCUAUUGUGACUGUGAUACUAAUGCCUGUGGACGAGUGAAUGGGGAGGUUUGUGGAGGACCACUAAAAGGUAGAUGUGCUUGUGAAACGUGUGCUUGUCUAGAUGGAUAUACUGGACCUAAGUGUGAUUGUCCGACUAGUCAAGAUACAUGUCUAUCCGACGACGGGGAACUAUGUGGAGGAAAGGGAACUUGUACAUGUGGUCAGUGUAUUUGUGAAAGUGGUUAUAUUGGUACAAAGUGUGAUACGUGUCCAACGUGUCCUGGAGAAUGUCUUGAUAAUAGAGACUGUGUAGAAUGUAAGGUAUUUAAACAGGGAUCACUGUCGCCAGAACAAUGUGAUUUACAGUGUACUAAUCUUCAAAUAGUGGAAACAAUAAAUGAUAAGAAUGGCACGUGUGAAAUUAAAGAUAUCGACGGGUGUAAAAUGAUUUUUAAGAUCAAUUAUGAAGCAGACGGCAACCUCACGAUUGUUGCCCAGAAAUACAAAGUUUGCCCACAGGAUGUAGAUAUAUUGCCUAUUGUAGCUGGGGUAAUGGGUGGAAUUGUUGCUAUAGGCAUAUUUCUCCUGGUACUCUGGAAAAUUCUUACUUCACUGUAUGACGGUGUUGAAUAUUCACGAUUUCAACGAGAGGUUGAUCAAGUCUGCUGGGCACAGGAAUCGAACCCGAUUUAUAAAGGAGCCACUUCGACUUACAAAAAUCCUCUAUGUGAUGAUAUGUCGUCGUUAGAUAGUAAAUAGAUCAAAAUUAACGGCAACUCCAGAAGUAUUGUGUUCAGUAUUUUAUAAACCACGAGUGAUGUGAUCUGAAGCGUUAUUUAUAUUUGUAGAGUAUGCUCAUACCAACCACAGGAGAUGUGACCUGAAGCGUUAUUUAUAUUUGUAGGGUAUGCUCAUACCAACCAACCAGUGUAUAUUGCAACAGUUAGAAUACUGUCAUAAAUCGUAAAUAAAUAAGUUAUGCUUUACGAUUGUACAAGAACAAUCGGAUUAAAAUACAGAUCCUAUAAAUUUCGUUUCGUUUUUAUAGUUCAAAAUUUCGUUUUAUUUGUCUUUACUACACUAGGAUCUGGCAGAGUUGUUAUAUAACCCGCGUGUUGGUCGAUGUGAGGGAUUUGACAAUGAUACGGUCUGUUGCACAGAACUGUGGAUAUCCUACUAGAAACAUCAACGUGGUUAAUCAAAUGUCUGACGUCAUAGGGUCACAAUCCGAUCGUAUGACCCCUGGCGCGACCUGCCACUACAACUGGUCAUAUCUUCAUGCAGUAGAGGCUUUCAAAAAUAUAAAAAAAAACGAAACGAAAUAUAGUUCUGUACUUUAAUCAGAUUGGUAAAAGAAUAAUUAGACGGCAUAUUGGCCGCUAAAAAGCGUGAAUUUUUUUAUUAUUGACUAAAAUUCAUUUAUUUCAUAGUCAGUAGAUGGAAAUUUCGUUUCAAAUAUUUUACCGAUACUGUAUUUUGAUUAGCCGGUAAUAAACAAAAUAUAAUUUAAGUUUUCAUCAAUCUAAUUAAAAUACAGAUCUAUAUUUCGUUUCGUUUUUUAUACUUUCGAUGACCUAGUGUAGUAAACACAAGUAAAACAAAAUUUUAAACUAUAAAAACGAAACGAAAUAGGAUCUGUGUUUUAAUCAGAUUGGGUUUUCAUGUAUAAGACGCUUAAAUAGUUGUAUAUAAAUACCUUUUUUUUCGAUUUAGUUAUGAUAUUGUCACCAUUGUGUGUUGAUAUGAAAAUGAAUUACUCUGUUGGCGUGCCAAAGGUUAUGCCAUCUCAAUUCUUGUAUAUAUUUUUAAAGAUGUAUUAUCAUUUCGUUUUCAAGUUUAUAGCAAGCAUUCUGUCUUUAUUUUAACUAAAAGAAGUUUUUGUUUCUCAAAUCACGAUAGUUUCAGAUCUAAAAACGAUGUAGCAGUUAUUUUACGGUAACGAUGCGUCAUUCAGGGUCAUUAUAAUCCCCCCAAAAUACAAUAUUGUGAAAGAUGAAUCUCGAAUAAAAAUAUCGGUCCAAAAAUGGCUCGGUAAGUUUAAAAGAAAUUUCAUCGAUCGCCAUUUUGUUGUGGGUGAACAGAAAUGAUAGGCCUUUUUAAAAUCGGAUAGGAUCAAAGCUGGGGGGGGGGGGUAUCUAGCGUUAAUAUUAUGUUUUCUUAAUCGAAUGUUAAAGAAUCUAUCUGGUCCCGAGUUGACAAAGCAUUCUCAGACUUAAGGUUAAGAAUUUACUCAACUUUUAAUCACUGUUUCUGAGAAAUAUAUGUGAUCAAAUAACACAAACUUUGCACAUUGUUUCUGUGAUACUGAUACAUUAAAACAACAAAAGUUGGCUAUAUUUUAGUUAAAAUAAGGCGAACAAGUUUGAGUAAAUUCUUAACUUAAAUCUGAGAAUACGUUGUAAACUAGGGACCAGAAUACAUAUAUAUUAUUACCCUGGAUUAAGCUGUGCGAUUUUUGAUAGUUUAGCGAAAAAUGCAAAUGACACAACGUUACUUGAGUUUGAAUGUUCAUUAUUUCUGACGAGCUUCUAGAAGGCGAUAAAGUACUUGAAAAAAUGUUCAAAUGUUAUUAAACCGGUGUCGGCAUACCUUUUAUCUUUCACCCGUUACCGUAUAUAUAUCCGUUAACCGUAAAUCUGCACUACUUCAUUCCGCGGAGUCAUGGUAAACGAUGAGAGAAAAACGACAUGUCAUUAAUACUCGAUCAUUCCAGUUUCUAUUGUCUCCCUUUCAACUACACUGCAGUCUGGAAAAAAUAGUGCUAACUUUGUUUACAGUGUCAAAGAUCAUAAGGAGAGUCAUACGAUUGGUUGAGUGGAAAAAUGACCUUGCUUAAGCAAUCUACAAGGGUGAAAUAGUGCAACCAAAUAACGUUUAAUUAUUUACUACUUUCGGUUUUGCUUGAAAUACUUCAUGUUGAACGGAAACUAAGGUUACUACCUUAUUAGUUUCGAUCGCUGCAGUAUAGUUCAAAUCGUCCCCUCUGCGAGCAGUUUUUGGUCAUGCCAAAAUAGUGAAAUUGUUUUAUGCCGUGGAAAUAGUUUGGUUUGGUGUUUCGAGACAUCAAUUACUAUAUCCCUUUGUGCGAAUGGUGUACGCGAAUAUCUAGACCCCCAGCUACUGUAUUCACAAUUCUAGUCUCGUCUGUAUCAUUCAGACAAAUAUUCUAGGCGGUUCUGGGUGACCGAGGCUAUCACAUUUCACACUGUUAUGUCCAGAGCAAUGUGCGUUGCCGUCGAAACGGGAACAGUUUGUACUGGUGUACUUCGACAGGCGAGAGUAAAAUAUCACCAACCAUGGCAAGGAUGAGACUUAAAUUUCAAUAUCGUGAUCAUAAAAGUAUUGGGUAUUAGAUAGGCACUGGAUUUGUGGAUGGAUGGAUAAGGCCAGUUGAUUUUAUGACUGAUUUAAUAAAAUUUAAAAUGUAAAUAUUUGAAAUAAGAUGUACAAAGUCAUAAACCAUGACCAAUAAUUAUAUAGAAUUUUGUUUAUUCCAUACUUAUAUUGUAAAUACGUGCGCGCGCUGUAUCAUAAAGUCUGUCAUUGAGUCGACUGGCGUGGUUUCGAAUCCCCGGUUGUACGUGGCAAGGAGUAGGGUCGCCUGUCCAACCUCGUGGGUUUUCUCCGGGUCCUCCGGUUUCCUCCCACUGCUAAAGACCCCUACGCGCAAGCGAAUUAUUGAAAUAAAAUUAAAAACCAUAUGUUAGUCCCGAAAUGACCUAGUUUGUGUCGAGUGGACGUUAAACCCCAUUUCUCUCUAUAUAUAUAUAUUGUAAAUAAUGAAUUAUUACAUAACACGCGCAGAUCCAUGUAUAGUCUUAGGGAUGAGAUGACAUUUGAUGUCUACCGAGCCAAGCGAUGCUAACAAACAAUUUUGUUAACAAUAUUUUAUUUCAGCGGUGCAAUUUUUAUUUUUGUAAACAAUAUCCUAUUUCAUUUGAAAAUAGAUUGGGGAGCAGGCUAUGUUGUCUCAGCGAUGCUAAAUGAACUGGCAACAAGACCACUAUCCUUCUCAAUGAAAUAUUUCAAAUAAAAGAGAAAUUCGGGGUUAUUUAAAGUAUGGGUUUGCAAAGAGAGUAGUCCGACAUAUUAAACUCUCUCCCACACCCUGGCUCCGGUUUUUGUGUUGUCUGAUUCUUUGUGACAAGGAUUUUUAUAGAAUGUAAAGCAAUUUUUAUUGCGAAUUUUCGAUCCAUUCGAGAGAGAGAGAGAGAGAGAGAGAAGAUAGAGAAAGAGAGUGGGCGUGCAUGUUUUAUUUAUAGCUUAUAACUAACACAGUUCUCGCUAUAAUAGUUAAAAACUAGAUAGUGUAAAGGUAAUUUGCUGAAAAUUUCAGUCAAAUUGAUCCACUAUGAGCCGAGAAAGAAGCGGGUGAAAUUUUUGCAUAGUCUCGGUCAUCAUUACUAAAAUCAUUAAUAUAAACAGCAUAGUCUCGAUUAUCCACUUUGUCUGAUUUAAUUAUCAACGGCCGUUAGCGGCAUAUAGGAAUCUAAUCCAGCCAACAUCGAAGGCUAGCCUUGACAUCGAGAGUUUAUUAUGGUCUGGAUAAGUUAAUUAAUGUCUAAUUGAUAAUUUAGAUAACAUUUCAGGCCUAAAGAAAGGCUUGUAAUAAGUAGAUUUUGCUCUUGUAUAAUGUAUGUUUAAGUUAGUUAUUAUAAACCCUUGCCAUGCCUAAAUAUAUAAACAUGUCGCUUAACGCUUAACCAUAAUUUAUGAUUUCUAUAUUAUGAGCAAUUAUUAUUGUUAAAAUUCCAUUAUUUUUAAAGAAAACCAUAAUAAAAAGUUAUAAUACAUGA